ACGUGUUUGUAGCCACCAGCAGGUUGUGCUUCCUCUGUCCAGACACGUGGUUGCUUAUCGUGUGCUAUGUCGUAUGUGAAGAACGUUCCUUAGUUUGUUUAUUAUUUUUAUUGUUGUUUUGUAGUUAAAGUUAUUUCCAGCAUGACAGAGACGAAACAGAGCGGGAAGCUGCUCGCUCUUAACCCGAGUGAAGACGCUGAGUUUCAGAAGAAAGUGCAGCAAGUGAAAAAGCGACAGAAAACGGUUUUGACUCCAGGUGUGAUUUACGUGGGCCACCUUCCCCAGUCGCUCGCCGAGCCACAGCUCAGGUCUUACUUCUCCCAGUUUGGUGAUGUCCUGCGCUUGAGGCUCUCCAGAAGUAAAAAGACAGGCCGGAGUAAAGGCUACGGGUUUGUGGAAUUUGAGUGCGACGAAGUGGCCAAGAUCGUCGCAGAGACCAUGAACAAUUACCUCAUGGGAGAAAGACUGAUCAAAUGUGAUGUGGUGCCACCUGAGAAAGUCCAUGAAAAGCUGUUUGUUGGUUCUCAGAAAAUAUUUAAGAAGCCCAAGCGCCCUGCAGUGGCACGUUACAAUCGAAACCAUGGCCCCGAAGAGAUGAAGAAACUUUCUGGAAAACUUCUAAGCAAAGAAUCAAAGCUUCGCAAGAGACUGGCAGAAAAGGGCAUCGACUAUGAUUUUCCAGGAUUUGCAGCUCAGGCAAAGAAAGCUCUGUCAGAUACAUCGACUUGCAGUGAGGACACCACACCGGUUUGUACACCUUCAGUCUUGGAGAGGAGGAGGUCCAUGAAAGUCAAGGAUGAUGAUGUAGAUGAUGAAAUUGUUCUCAAAAUGCCACCAAAGAACAUUGAAAAUUUUGAAGACUCUGAGGAUACAGAGGAGGAGGAGGAGGAGGAGGAAACGUCAGAAGAUGAAGAGGAACCUUCACAUGCUGAUGAGGGUUGAGCCUCUGUUUUGAAGAGGGACUAAAGAGCUAAAUUGGUUUAAUUAAUAUGUCUAGAUUUGUAUUCAGAGGAUUCUCAGGUCCUUUUUUGAGGAAAUGGAGACGCACCUACAAAGCAGGGGUCCUGCUUUAUAUGAACUACAGAAUUGUUUCAGCAUUUAGAAAGGUCUACUUGAGACCUUUUCUUAUGCAAAUGUGUUCAUUGGCUGUGCCUGGGAUGUCGUCCUGAAAAUGGCAUAAAAUGUACAUACAACCUUUUUAAAAUGAAUACUCUUAUUUAGUCCUCUGCUUCUGAAUGUGUUGUCACAUUGUUAAUGUGUGGCAUUGUGUGGAUUAUGGCUUUCAAGUGUUACACAAUGAAAAACGAAAUGCAUGUUAAGAAGUUCGAUUGAUUUGUAAGCAGACAACAUGCAAAUGUUUGUUUUGCCAUAUCCAUGGAAAAUAAUUAGCUGGCCAUGAUGGUAUGAACUUUGUUUAUAAUCAGUGCCAGUUUCAGAAAAUGAAAUAUUUGGUUUCUUUAAGGAAAAAUAAAAAUAUUUAAAAAUAUUUCAUUAAAAAAAAAACAUUAAGAAAGCCUUAUUUAUCUAUGCUUUAACUGUGGCCCAGAUCUGCGUUGUGUUAUAGACAUGGAAUUCACUUUUCCAUUAUUUGCAUUUGAUGAUGUAAAACUCUUUCAUUGUGUAUUUUUGUCACUGCAGAAAAAUAAAAUUAGCCACUAACGUUAUCUUGAAAAAUA